AUGCUGCAACGUUUCGAAUUUACUCGUCGCCUAAUACGAAUAUGUUCCGGAUUUGUUGGAGCGGAUGUUUUAAAUGAAAACUAUCUGCCGAUUAUGCUAACGGCACUUGUGUUCGCCUGUAUAUAUGUCUAUUUUGGCUGUACCGGAUAUACGGUCUAUAAGAACAUCUAUAUUGAUGGUAAUUGGUCGGAUAUGUUACAGACUCUAUGCAUGAUUACAAGUAGCCUGCAGGGCUAUUCGAAAAUUUCAAAUGCUAUUUGGAAUAAAGUACCCUUGCGCUACUUGGUGAACGAUCUGCACGCAAUCUAUAAAGAAUAUUUAGAUAAAAAUUUCGAGUAUCGUAAAUGUUUAUCCAAGAGCAUGAACACCACCGAUAAGAGCAUCAGAUUAUUGGGUGUGAUUUAUAUUAUAGCAACGACCAGCCUCAUAAUAAUGGUGUUCGUUUAUCGAUUUGCAUUUAAUCAGCGUAUCUAUGUACUGCAAUUCGAAAUCCCCUUCAUAGAUACCGAACAUGGCUACUUGAUUACGAAUUGUGUUAUUCUGUUUGCUGACAUCUGCGGUUUUACAAGUCUCUCGGAUCAAUGUACAGCGGAGGAGUUGGUGCGUCUAUUAAAUGAACUUUUUGCAAG